UUGUCAAUUUUUAACUGCUGACAGUCAUGAAAGAUAUGGCCAUAGUGAUGAGCAUCAAAGCAGUACCUUGUUGGAUAGCGAGCCAGAAGUUUCUGUCACAGAGCACAGUGGGCAGUCGUCAUGUAAGGAAACUUGGAAAGUGUCAAAGAAGCCCUCUAAUGACAUGUGUAACACACACCUGACAAAUGAUAGAGAGAAAAAAAGUAAUUAUGGAACUUCGUCUAUAGCUGUUAAUGUCAGUGCCCAGUCUGAUCUACUUACUGCAAACAGACCCAACAAAUGUGGUAUUUGUGGUAAAUUGUUUGCUACAUCAGGUGAUCUCGAGAGACAUGGUUCCAUUUGUACUGGGAAAAGACUUCACAAAUGUGAUAUUUGUGACAAAUGGUUUACCCGGUCAGGUAAUCUAAAGGCACAUAUAUUAAUUCACACUGGAAAGAAACCGCACAAAUGUGAGAUUUGUGGGAAAUCUUUCACGAUGUCAGGUGCUCUCAAGAAACAUGUAUUACUUCACACUGGAAAGAAACCUCACAAAUGUGAGAUUUGUGGGAAAUGUUUUGCCUUGUCAAGCAAUCUCCAGAUACACACAUUAAUUCACACUGGAAUUAAACCUCAUACAUGUGAGAUUUGUGGGAAAUCUUUCACGAUGUCAGGUGGUCUCAAGAAACAUGCAUUAAUUCACACUGGAAAGAAACCUCACAAAUGUAAAAUUUGUGUGAAAUCUUUUGCUAGGGGGCACCAUCUCAAGAGACACUUAUUAAUUCACAUUGGAAAGAAACCUCACAAAUGUGAUAUUUGUGGGAAAUCUUUUGCUGGGUCAGGCGUUCUCAAGAGACACUUAUUACUUCACACUGGAGAGAAACCUCACAAAUGUGAGAUUUGUGGGAAAUAUUUUGCUUUGCCAUGUUAUCUUAAGACACACGCAUUAAUUCACACUGGAAAGAAACCUCACAAAUGUGAGAUUUGUGGGGAAUCUUUUGCUAGGUCAGGUGAUCUCAAGCAACAUUCAUUAAUUCAUUCUGGAAAGAAACCCCAUAAAUGCGAUAUUUGUGGGAAAUCUUUUGCUAAGUCAGGAAAUCUCAAGACACAUGUAUUAAUUCACAUCGGAAAGAAACCUCACAAAUGUGAGAUUUGCAACAAAUCGUUUGCCCGGUCACGUCAUCUCAAGCAACACGGAUUAAUUCACACUGGAAAGAAACCUCACAAAUGUGAGAUUUGUGGGAAAUCUUUUGCUAGGUCAGGCGUUCUCAAGCAACAUUCAUUAAUUCACUCUGGAAAGAAACCCCAUAAAUGCGAUAUUUGUGGGAAAUCUUUUGCUAGGUCAGGUGAUCUCAAGACACACUCAUUAAUUCACACUGAAAAGAAACCCCACAAAUGCGAUAUUUGUGGCAAAUCGUUAGCCACAUCAGGUUCUCUCAAGAGACACACAAUAAUCCACACUGGAACGAAACCUUACAAAUGUGACAUUUGUGGGAAAUCUUUUGCCCAUUCAGGUCAUCUCGAGAGUCACAUAUUAAUUCACACUUUAAAGAAACUGCACAAUUGAGAUUUGUGAGAAAUCAUUUGCUAGAUCAGGUGAUCUCAAGACACAUACAUUAGAACACAUUAGUAGGAGACCUCACAAAUGUGAUGUGACAAAAGUUUCAUUCAGGUGGGAAUCUUAACACACAUGCACUACUUCACAUCAAAAAGAAAUUACGACAAACAGAUUUUCCUGGUUGGUGCUCUAAAGGCCUAUAAAACAAUGGAUGUGGCAGGGGGACAGUAAAUUGUAUUGCCUGUGAAAUAAAAUUAAAAUGUGGUAGGAUUGUGAAAAAAUGUGCAAUAAUGUGACAAUAUAUAAAUCCGUAUCUGCCGCUUUACAUGUCAAGAAAUGGUAAUCCUAAAUACUCCAGAAACAUGAAUCAAAUGUGUUUUUGUCAUUAGCUUUGCUGCUUUUUCCUAUCGAUCUUGAGACAAGAAGAUUGUGAAUUGUGAUAAAUCCUUACAUUUGUCAGUAAUCAUAAGUACUAUGCAAUAUUCAGUAUAAGGCCAAGGAAAUGUGAUGACUUGCUGUUUAUUAUUCCAAACAGUCAUAAUGUAGUACUUGUAUCUAUGUAUUUUAGAAACAGUGACAGUAAAUAUA